AUGGAUCGUUUUGACUGCGUCUGCCUUUUGUGUAAUGGCGUUGUCAGAUCAGCGUGCUCCACUAAUUUAAGUCGACAUAUGAAAAGACAUCAUCCCGAAACUGCGCUUCUGAUGAGUCGUACACGAGAAGCGUUGCUACUGUCAGACACUUCAUCAGACACGGACGAGAACAUUAAAGUUGGAGAUGGUGCCGAGAGAAAGAGAAAACGCAUGACGGAAGAUCGAGUUGGACUACGAGGACGACGACAGUACAUGGGCGGAUCCGAUAGCCAGAGUCUAUCGGACGCUCUGACCGUGUCUGCAAGAUUAUCGACGGAAGGCAAAGACCUUUCCCUUCGUCUUGAUCACUACCCCCCUUACCAUCACGACUUUGAACGUCCAAACAAAACUGCCAACAAACCUUUACUGGUAUUAGACAGUACUGGCAGUACCAAGACUCUUGAAGACGUAACCGACGAGGAGACCUCUUUUUCCUCUGACACCUUUUGUUUGAGAGAAGACGUAGCGGCUUCUGUAGCAACUGACGUUACGCGGUUCCUUCGUAGUACCCAAACGAUGAGUUCGUCUGGAGCAGUAGGGUAUUUGAGCAGUGCAGCUUCUGCCUCUAUUCAAUUGCCACCCGGUGCUGCUUCCAGUACAUCAUCACCGUCAGCUCUACCACUCAUUUAUCAAUCGGGUAAUCCGUUCAUGAAUGACAGUAGUAUAAGCCCUUCGUCGGCUUCAACUACAACUUCCUCAUCCAGUGCGUCUUCUGGAGUCUUGAAUCACGUGCCUUCACAGAUUCCUAACUCUGGAGCUGUGUUGUCAUGCCCCGUACCUUUACAUCCUUAUACUCUAGCCCCAGUUCAGCCUCCCGUUGUAACUUCCACCUUAACGCUAGAUUUGCCUUCUCCUUGGUGUUUUCCAACCUACCCUGAUAUUCGCCAUAUUGAGCAAGUUCCCUACGAUCAUGACAUCCCCUAUACUAAUAUUGGAACCGAGCCUAAAAUUGAUCAAAUGAAAUAUGACUUUGCUGAUCUGCGUGCAAAACAGUUUGAAGAGACUAGACUUUACCACAAGCAGCAGGAAAUUGUAAAUUUAUCUGUCAAAGAGAACAAGUUGUUCGAUGACAAAGAGGAACAGCCUGAUAGGGUACCAAGUAACUCCUCAGAUGUAACUCCUCCAGCUAAACGAGGACGACCAACGGAAAACCCCUGUUGGAGCUAUUUCAUCCGGCUAGACGAUCAAAAUGUUCGGUGCCGAUUAUGUACAAAGGUCGUCAAGUCUGCUUGUGCCACGAACAUGACAAAACAUUUGGAACGUCAUCAUCAUCAAGAUUAUCAACACUUAGUUGUACAGAUUAAACAGUAUAGAACGCAGAAAGGUCCUAACGUUCAUCACAAUACUUCGGAUCAGGGUUUAGGUCCAAAUAUUCUGAACCAAAACAACCCUGUAAAAUCGGAAAUAUUCAAUGAUGGAUACGGAAACAGCUUCGAUUCAUCAGAGCACGUGUUUAGAAAUUUUGGAGACUAUGAGCCCAACGACCCUCAUGCAUGGCAAAGACCUUCCUGGUCAUCCGUCAACCAAUGGCAAACUCAUCCCCAUGAUAUGGCAUCAGCUAGCGCAGACUCGGAUGGACAAAUGGCCCGAACACAUAGUUUAUCUCUCCCGAACAAGCCACACCAAGUAGCUGAUUGGGCUCAAGUUCCCACUCCGGCCUCAGGGAACUCGAGAACAGGGGAAAAGGCUUAUUUGAAACGCAACAGAAAAACGGAACAUCCCGUGUGGGAAUAUUUCAAAAGAACAGCUGACGGUAACGCUCAGUGCACGAUCUGUGCCGGAAUAGUUAAAAGCCCAUGCUCUUCAAACUUUAUGCGCCAUCUCAUGAGACAUCAUUCCACUGAAUAUAAUAAUGUUUACGUUAAAUGGGUGGAAAAACGAGGCCCAAAUAAGUUCUGA